CCGGGGGGACAUGCCGGGUGUCCCCGAGGUGUCGCCGGGCACUGCUCUCCCCUCUCCCCGCUGGAAUGCAGCGAGGCGCUGCCCCAGCCCGGCACCCCAUGGCCGGUGCGCGGGGCUAUUUUGGUUCCUCUCUUUCCUCGCACACUCCUCCCUUUGGAAUUCUCCCAGCCGAGGGCUCGCAGCCUGCAGCCUUCACUCUGCGAGGCAGCGAACGGUGGGGAGGUGCCCGUCCCUGUCCCGCCAUGGCCACCCGCACCGUGCCCCACGCCUACCCCAUGAGCUCCGAGUACGAGUUCGCCAACCCCAGCAAAAUCUACGACCAGAACUUUGGGGAAGGUGUGUCCCCAUCCGAGAUUUUGGCCCCUGCCCUGUACCACGGCUACUACAUCCGUCCCCGCAUCAACAAGCAGCUGGAGAGGGGCACCUCGGAGAUCUGCCUSAACCAGCACAAGUUCCAGGUGUUCCUGGACGUCUGCCAGUUCCUGCCCGACGAGCUGAGCGUCCGCACCGUGGACAACCUGCUGGAGGUGGUGGGCCAGCACCCACAGAAGGCUGAUCGCCACGGAUUUAUCUCCAGGGAGUUCACCAGGACCUACAUCCUGCCCCUGGACGUGGAUCCCUUGCUGGUCAGRGCCACUUUGUCCCAUGAUGGCAUCCUGAGCAUCGUGGCUCCCCGGACAGGCAAGGAGCUGAAGGCAAGAGUCAACGAGGUGAAGAUAACCCAGCAGGAGCAGCCAGAGGGGAGAGAAGAACAGUCCCAGGAGGGGAAAGAGAAGGAAAAGUCCUAAAGGGUGUGGUUGUGGGGAGGUUKGGGGGACAGGGAUGGGGUAUCACAAUGCCAGGACUCUGUUUCUCACCACCAGUGUUCAGCAGGGCCCUGAGGCAGCCACGCUUCUGCUCCUCAAGGCUGAUGGCUGGAAAAGAAGGGACUUGGAACUGGGAAAAAAAAAAAAAAAAACAGUGGGACUGAAGUGUGAGUGUGAGUGACUGCAGUGCAAGCUUUCCCCUAGGUCAGGUCACCGUGCAGGGCGCUCUGCUCCCACCCCAGGAUCACUCCCACCCUAAAUUGUGAGGCUGUGUCUCAGUUCUGGACCGUGCUCCGGAGGAAAAAGGGGAUCCCAGUGCCCAGAUGCUGCCCUGGGUGGCUGUGGGGGGUGAG